GUUAAAAAAACUUAUUGACAAUAGAAUUGGAACAGUUAAAUUAGUUCAUGUUAGAGGUCAUUUAGGAAAUUAUAGAAACGAACAAGCCGAUAGAUUAGCCAAACAUGGUUCAUUGAGAGAAGCAAAUCAAAAUGUGAUUCGUAUUGGCGACUGGGAGGGUGAGGGACCCAGUCAAAAAUUCGAAUCAAAUGACGAUUCGCUUACA